AUCCAAAGAUACACGCGGCGCCCGUGACCCCAUCGCCCCUUGGGAGUCGCGGCAUUGGGCCAGAACAGCAGUGAACACAAAGGCCUGGACUCUGUUGGCAGCAGCGGACCAGCCGCUGCUGCGCUGCCUAUGCAACCCACCAGCGGUGCAAGUCGUGCAACCCACAAUUAUUGACGAGUGUUGCGGAACUAAUUGCGUACGUAGGCCAGAGCGGAAGGCGGAGUGGGCUUGCGCGAGCGGGCGGGGGCCACAGGCUGGCAGGGGCAAGUUGAUGCAGGUGAACCCCCCAUGCAGAUGCCGGGAGUAACGGACAGCUGCCAAGAUUUCGCGUCCAGGCUUCGUGCCAAUGCGCGCGCCCUCGAUGAGUGGCCGCGCAGGGCCGCGUUUCUAUGAAAGUUGUUCGUCAUCGCACCAACCGUCGACACGCGCUGCCCACCGAAACCGGUGCCGCGUCGACCGCAGUUCGUGCGGCUGCGGGCCGUGUGCCAAUGUUUAAAGUACAAUUUGCAAGGAAGAGUCGUGUGCAUAUCAUAGGUACUUAUAUACAUCAAGGAAGAGUCGUGUGUCAUUACAUUCAUUUAGCCUUCCCAGUGUGUGAGAAACAUCGAGCAAUGCUCCAAAUCGGCAAUUUCACCCUUCAACCUCCUGGUGGGACUACUCUGUGCCACCUGCUCUCGGACGAGGGGCUGCUGCGGAAGCUGGCGCCUUUGCUAACAACGGGGGCGGAGGACUGCGUGAGCGCCCUGCGGGCGCUGAACCUGCCAGAUAGCUUCUGGUGUUUUUGAGUUCAAGGUGAAAAUUUGCGUAAAUGCUGCCUCGGCCGCGCGGGGGACGCUCCAGCGGCACCGCGUGCCGUUGGGCAAAAGUCGACGGUUAGCGCCGGGGACCGGGCGGGUGAGGGCCUCCUUUUGCGUUUGGAGAGCUCUAGAAUGGUUCUAAGACCUGUGGUAGUGGAUUGAGAAGGCUUGGCGGUCUUCUGGCUUCGCGAGGCGGCGCAACGGCAGACUCGCAGCAGGAACUUGGGGGCCGGCUCUCCGUGCGCGGCUCCGUGCGCGGCUUUGUUCCCGCCUCGGCAGGGCUGCUUUGGGGCCAGCUCUUUGCACUGCAAGUUCGCGGGCGGGACGGCUUUGACCUCCCGCAAGUCCCUAGGGAUGGCAUCAUGUGACAUAUAUUAAGGUCUCUGAAUGGUUCCCGGGCAUAAACUCCAGCGAGAGCCGAAGUCGAAAUGCUCAACGUCGAGCUCGCCAGGACUUUGCCCUACGCUAUCAGGAUGAUCUACAGUAUAGGUGAAACGAAGUCUGCACUAGAUACAUGUCCGAACUACCGCUUAUGCGAGAUAUGGGCUCUGGUCAAUUUCGCGACUUGAACCCUGACCAAUAUGUUUUAGUCCACUGUCGAGCACUACUGUCCACUAAUGAUUUAAGUUAUGUACCUACAAAAAGGAGACGUCCAAAUACUGCGGUAGGAUUUGCCCCGCGCGACUCCGCUGACCGCUACGGCAAACAUCCUCAUCACCGCGUGCGUGGACGGCACGCCAUGGCCAGCUGCGCUGAGCAAGCCGCCCAAGCGGCGCGGCUGGAUUAGUGGCAGACUGGCAGUGGCGUCCGGAUAAGUGAUGGCAGGUGAUUGGGAGUGUGUGCUGCAGCGUGUGUGCUGAGUAUGGAGGAAAGCUUGAUUCUGUCCCGGUCUGUCCUCCCCAGCCGUCUGGCCUAGGUCCGUUGACGUAGGGAGCUAGAUAGGUUGAUCCUGUCUCAGCGCGAGCCCCAAUACACCGUCCUGAGUGGUCGUCUGUCCUAGGCGCAAACUCAACACAUUGCUUCGGCAUGUGGGUGUUGGUUAUUUGGGGUUUGCGGGCGUGAGUCCCGCAAGGUUGCGUCCCGAACCGCGUGAUAGGCGAGGUCAGUGCGGCAGUUGACGGCUCGUGGCCGGUCACGUCUGUCAGCCAGUCCCAGGCCGCAGGCGUGGCACCCGGGGGAUAUUGCCCCGGCUAGUGCGCACGUUUUGCUAACUACACACGCAGGAUGUAGCGGACCAGACCCCCCAAUACGGUGCCAGGCAGCAUAGCUGCGCGUGUGUGUAACGCACCCGCCGU